AUGAAACCGUGGCGUAGCCUAUUAAUCAAAAAUGAUAAAGUAAAUAGAAUAAUGCCGCACUUACCAGAUAAAACUUCUCCGUUGUUCACUCAAUUUGAGCGAUGGUCUGGUAAGAAGAAAAGACUGUAUAUCACCAACAAUAGUGAACCAGGUACGAACCCGUUUCAUUUAAGUCAGAACCUAUUUGCGAACCUGGUAGCAUCUCCAAUGCGACACGAACGGUUUAGUAAAACGAAGUCACCCAAGCUGCUACUCAUACAAUCUAAAAUUGAUAUGAAGAGCAAGCAACUAAAACUAUGUAGCAUUCAAUCAAGAACAGGGAAAAAUUCGUACGUACUCAAUAGUGAGAAGGUACUCGAAAAAAUGGCAAAAUCUCCCAUGGUUUUAUCGCCACUGCACCUAUACUCUUCAAAGAUCACAAAUCUCAAUCCAUCUGAUAUAGCGAUGGAUAAACAAUCAUUUCUGGAAAAUUACAGGAUAGAACUGAUAAAUUCUAUUAAACAAGCAUAUAAAAAUCAUUUAAAGAAUGAAGCAAAAGAGGGAGACAUCGGAGUGAUAUAUGAUGAAUCAAACCCCAAGAUAAUGGAAAUAAUAAACAUUCUAAAAGGAAGGCAACUGCAAAUCAACCUUGGGGCCUUGAAAGAGAGUAUUGGGGAGGAAGUAGUUCCCAGCAAACAUUUUUUAGAUUCAAAAACAGAUAUGGAUCUGGUUAUUCUUGUAUAUAAAUUACUUAAUUUUUUAAAGAACUGA